CUCCCUCCGCCUCCUCCUCUCUUGCCUGCAGCCGAGCGUCCCCUCCCCCACUGUCGGGUUUCUCCGCGGCUACUGCAGAGGAUUCAGAGCCGAGUAGCUGAGGAGAAGGAGGAGGAGGCUCCCGUCCCUGCGCGCCAUCCACCACCCUACUGGACACGGACGAGAGAACGAGAGCGUCGCCGCUGUAGCCUCCGGAGAAGACAAGGGCACCGCCGCCUCAGCUGCCGCCGCCGCGGUUUUCGCUUGCAGCAGCUCGCCGGAUCCUCAGUCUUCCACAAUGAACCCUGUUUACAGCCCCGUGCAACCUGGGGCUCCUUAUGGCAACCCUAAGAACAUGGCCUAUACUGGUUACCCCACAGCCUACCCAGCAGCUGCCCCUGCCUACAAUCCCAGCCUGUACCCGACCAAUAGCCCCAGUUAUGCUCCAGAGUUUCAGUUCCUGCAUUCAGCUUAUGCCACUCUGCUGAUGAAACAGGCCUGGCCACAGAACUCAUCUUCCUGUGGCACUGAAGGCACCUUCCACCUUCCAGUGGACACCGGGACCGAGAACCGAACUUACCAAGCGUCCUCUGCAGCUUUCAGAUAUACUGCAGGGACACCAUACAAGGUCCCACCGACCCAGAGUAAUACUGCUCCACCCCCUUACUCCCCAUCACCCAACCCCUAUCAGACGGCCAUGUAUCCAAUCAGAAGUGCCUACCCCCAGCAGAAUUUGUAUGCCCAGGGAGCCUACUACACACAGCCUGUGUAUGCCGCCCAGCCCCAUGUCAUCCACCACACCACAGUUGUCCAGCCCAACAGCAUUCCCUCUGCCAUCUACCCAGCUCCUGUUGCUGCUCCCAGGACCAACGGUGUGGCCAUGGGCAUGGUAGCAGGCACCACCAUGGCAAUGUCAGCAGGUACCCUGCUGACCACACCCCAGCACACUGCAAUUGGGGCGCACCCUGUCUCCAUGCCCACGUACAGGGCCCAAGGAACCCCUGCGUACAGCUAUGUGCCCCCGCACUGGUAAAGCCUGCAGCCCAUCCAAAUCUGGAGUCACAUUGUAUGCAACUACUCAAGUCUUACACCGGUGCUGGAGCAGUCCCCUAACAGCACCACCUCUAUUUGCAAGAAGAGUCAACGGAAGUGCAAGGGUCACUUUAUGCAUCUUUAAUGGUUUUGAUUUUUAUUUUUGGUUUUUGUAAAAGCUGCUUUUUCUAAUCUCCUAGGAGCCUCCCCCUCGUGCCUCCCUCUUAGCCACUGCCCUUCUGGCUCUAGCCCCUCUUCCUACCUGGCCAGGCCCAGUCCUCUCUGCACUCUUUCCUUCCCUGAGCAUCCUGUCCCUGGGAUCCCAGUCUAGUAGCAAGCAGAGAGUGAGGUUUAUUGCGAUGGUUCGUCUAAAGGCUAGAUUUCAUUUGGAGAGCAUAACAGAUGUGGCCCUCAGGUCUGGGGUAGGAACUUGGAGCUAACAAGGAGGCCACAUCUCUGUCAGAUUGUCAUUUUGCUAAAGCAAGAUUAGUUCAAAUACAAAGAAAUAUCUUCUGAGAA